AUGCAGCGGCACUACGAGUGGCGGCUGGAGCGUGUCGCGAGCGCGGGCGUCGCGGGCAACAGGCGAGCGAGGAGUCGCGGCGGUACCCUCCGUGUUGUGACUACGCGCCCCCACAGGAACACCGGCGCUAAUUCGAAGGCGCGAAAUGGCUUCUACUCGCAGGACUCGAGUGUUCGGCUUAACAAGUCGUGUGCGACAGCGGCUCACCUGAGUUGUCGACUGCGGUGUCCGGUCGGCCACUGCUUCGUUGUCGACCGCGGUGCGACUGAGUCGCGCGCCCAGUCGCCACUCUCUUUUAUACUUUUCCCCUUCUCGGAGGACCCCGCAACAUUUUUCUUUUAUAACUGCACGUUUCUUUAA